AUGCGUGAAGUAAUAAGUAUUCAUAUUGGACAAGGAGGUGUUCAAGCUGGAAACGCUUGUUGGGAAUUAUAUUGUUUGGAACAUGGAAUCCAACCAGAUGGACAAAUGCCUAGUGAUAAAAUCAUCGGUGGCGGCGACGAUUCUUAUAGCACCUUCUUCCUCGAAACUGGUGCUGGAAAACAUGUUCCUCGAACCGUUUUGGUAGAUUUAGAACCCACUGUGAUAGAUGAAGUACGAACUGGAACAUACAGGCAGUUAUUUCAUCCAGACCAAUUGAUUACAGGCAAAGAAGAUGCAGCAAAUAAUUACGCGCGAGGUCACUACACAGUCGGUAAAGAGAUAGUGGACCUAGUUCUUGAUCGAGUUCGAAAAGUGGCUGACCAAUGUUCAGGAUUGCAGGGAUUUAUCAUUUUUCACUCUUUUGGUGGGGGUACUGGCUCAGGUUUUACGUCCUUAUUCAUGGAGCGAUUGAGCGUGGAUUAUGGGAAGAAAACUAAACUUGAAUAUGCUAUAUAUCCUGCACCUCAGAUAUCAACGGCGGUAGUAGAGCCUUAUAACUCCAUUUUAUGCACUCAUUCAACUAUCGAACAUUCAGAUUGCGCCUUUAUGGUGGAUAAUGAGGCUCUGUAUGACAUUUGUCGACGCAACCUCGAUAUUGAACGACCAACGUAUACCAAUCUAAAUCGCCUAAUGGCUCAAGUUAUUAGUUCAACAACGGCGUCUCUGCGUUUUGAUGGAGCAUUGAAUGUGGAUUUAACAGAGUUUCAAACUAAUUUAGUGCCCUAUCCUCGUAUCCACUUCCCACUAGUUACUUAUGCCCCAACAUUCUCAGCAGAAAAAGCCUAUCACGAGCGCCUGAGUGUUGGCGACCUAACUAACAGCACAUUCGAGCCAAGUAAUCAGAUGGUAAAAUGUGAUCCACGACAUGGAAAAUACAUGACCUGCUGUAUGCUUUAUCGGGGCGAUGUAACUCCAAACGAUGUUAAUGUAGCCGUCGCUUCAAUUAAAAGCAAAAGAACCAUCCAGUUUGUUGAUUGGUGUCCAACUGGAUUCAAGAUUGGGAUCAACUAUCAACCCCCUACAGUAGUUCCGGGAGGUGAUCUUGCCAAAGUCCAACGAGCCCUCUGUAUGAUUGCAAAUACUACAGCUAUCGCAGAGGCUUGGGCACGUCUGGAUCAUAAAUUUGACCUUAUGUAUGCUAAGAGGAGCUUCGUACAUUGGUAUGUCGGCGAAGGCAUGGAGGAAGGAGAAUUCUCCGAAGCUCGCGAAGACCUUGCUGCUUUGGAAAAGGACUAUCAGGAGGUUGGGACUGAUUCUAUAGACGGAAAUGAAGAAGACUACGAAGAACUUGAAUAG